AUGCAGUGGAGCGGCGCGCGACUGUCUCAGCCACCGGCAGCCUGGCUGUGGCUGGUGCAGAUCGACUCAGGCCGCUGCACACGGUUUCCAAGUAUAGCUCAGAGCUCGGCCUCAGCCACGCCCAGCCCGACUCCACCAGGCCCGACCCGAAAAGCUGCGGAACCGACGGUCGACGACAGAGAAGAGACGAGAGCCGAGACAGCCCGCCUGCUAGCUCGCCGUGAUUUGUUUUGCUCCUUUACUCCUCUUCCGUUCGUGCUCCUCCGUGAUGUCUUGCGUCCCCUGAUCCGAGGCGAGCCCGCCCAGCUUUGGCGUUUACUGGCGACGAGAGCGACGGACGGAGCUUCAGACCGCGCUGACGACUGCGUCCCGUCCCGAUCACGAGCCCCGUCGAUCGAGCCGAGAGAUCGAAUCCAUUCGAACCGUCGAGAAACGCGGGGAUUGCUGUCGACAUCGUGGAGUGCACGAGGGGCAGACCUCGUCGAGGUCUUCGCAUCCGCUCCCAUGGUCGUGAUGGAUGCGGGCAGUGACACGCGAUGGGAGGAUCGUCCGCGACGCUGCGUGGGACAAUCGGCUCUUGCUCAAUUCAAGGCAGACAGACAUGGGAUCGGCUCGUCCAGCUCGACUGUGCCAGGGAGUCGACGCCGUCGCCGAUGGAGAGGUUUCUCGACGAUGUAUUCCAUCGUCUUGUUGCUCCUGAUAACCCUUCUCUCGCCCGCAGACGCCGCUUUCAUCAACUUCGAUAACUGUCUCGAGGACAACAUCAUCCACUCGGAUCUGCUACAGUUUGUGCCGCUGUUCUUUUCCGUCAACUACACUGCGUCUGCCGGCCCCAAUCCCCUCAAUAUCACCGUCUACGGAAACGUCACCGGCCUUGCUUCGCAGGGGCCUUAUCCCCCUCCUGAUUCGCCGCAAUGGUCCAAUCCCAACGACACCGUCGGCAAGAUCACCGACCUGAGCGAGUCGAACAACCGCUAUUCCACUCUGUUUACCUCCUUGAAUGUGCUCAGCUUUAGGCCCUAUUACAAUGCGUCGAGGUUCUGCCUGUCUGUCACGCAGGGAGAGUGCCCGUUGGGUCCGGUCUUUUAUGCCAAUGCGAGCGAUCCAUCCCAGCUGCGGGCCUUUUCCAUCGAACAUGACCUCGAAUCGUCGUAUCAGUUCAUGAGUCUGGUGCCAACCUUGCGCGUCCGGACCGGAGAUGCGUCCAAUGCCGACCUGGCCUGUGUCUCUGCCAUCAUCACGCCCGAUCUGGGCGACACUCUGCGCGGUCUGGUGGGCUUCCUGCCCCUCUUGAUCCUGGUCUUUGUCGCGGUCGCGAACAUCCUGGCCGCCAUCUACAGUCCCUGGGGAUCGACGGACCCGUUCCGUUGGACGAGCAAUUAUGGCCGCGACGAGGAUCUCCUCCGGCUGGUGACACCGGGCUUCGCUGAUUGCCUUCAGUACAUCCAGUUCGUCGCCUUGACUGGAGCGUUGAGCCUGAACUAUCCCGGAUACUACCAACCCGUCGUGGCCCAGGGGGCCUGGUCGGCGCUGAUGUUCAACCAGAGCUUUGUCAGCGCCAACAGCGGCAAGAACCCCGUCGUCGAUGGUGUCUACGUGGUGAACGCCACCUAUGGCCUGGAUCGGUACAGCCAGUACGUGGGGUUGACGGCCGUCCAGGACAUCUGGCCCGGAAUGGUGAUCUGGCUGCUUGCGAUUGUUGUUGGCGUGACGGCGUUGACCCAAGUCGCCUUUGGCAUGCGGUGGAUCCAUCAUCAGCUGGCCCAUGUGCCGGAGGAGGAUCUGCGCGCGAAAAACAUGCCGUUUACGAUGGGCAACGUCAUCCGGAUCGUCUUCAACUUUCUGUUGCUCCCCAUCAUAUCGUUGUCGAUGUUCCAGCUCGUCGUGGCGGCAGACUCUCCGGCCUACUCGGUGGCCCUAGCUGUGGUCUUGAUCCUGGGGUUGGUGGCCUUUGCCUGCUGGGUGAUCCGUCUGAUUGUGACGACGCGGCCGCGGUCGUACAUGUACGAUGAUCUCUCGACGGUUCUCCUAUACGGUCCGCUGUACAACACGUACUGUGACGAUGCGGCGGCGUUCGCGAUGGUGCCCAUGUUCAUCACCUUCCUUCGGGGCAUCGCCAUUGGGGCCUUGCAGCCGUCCGGCAUCGCGCAGCUGGUCCUCCUGGCCAUCUGCGAAGUGGUACUUGUGCUGACCCUGGCUGCGUUCCGACCGUAUCCGUCUGCGACGUCGAUGAAUCUCUACCAGGCUCUUUUUGCGAUUGUGCGAUUUCUGGUGGUGCUGCUGAGCGUGGCGUUUGUUCCGUCCCUGGGUAUUUCGGAGGAGACGAGGGGGUGGAUUGGUUAUGUGAUUCUUCUCAUCCAUGCCAUGCUUCUUGUCUUUGGGUUCUUUUUGAAUGCGCUCCAGACGUUGAUUGAGGUUAUUGCACGUCUUGCAGGGGCAGGAGGUAUUGAGGGGGUGGCGACUCGUGGUGGUCUCACCAAGGUAUUUGGUGCGCGGCAACUCUCUCGCCGCCAUCCCAGAAGUGGCCACGUUUCUCGCCAGAGCAUGGCUUCGGACGCUGCCAUGCUUGCCCACAUGGACGACCGGUCGACGCAAUUUGGCGGAUCCAGGGCAAGAAGUCUGUCGGGGAGCUCUGCGAUGCUGUUGAAUCGUCCCGGAGUUGAUGGCCGAGCCAGCAUGGCGUUUGACGGGGUGAGUGCGCAUGGUCGGACGCAUAGCCGAGCGAACAGCAGCGGCGUCUACACGCCGACCACUCUCGCCGGCAGUGGCUUUUCCCAUCCUGCCGGAUAUCAGCCCAUGGCCAGCGGCACCCCCAAGAAUGGCUCGAUGAUUGGGUUCAAACCAACGGAAGCAUACGACCCCUAUUACCGGCCUCCACGACCGCGGGGAAGGACGAGGACGUCUUCGUCGAUGGACAGCACGCGUCGAAAGGACGGGCAGGGUGGUGAGACUGAAGACACCACUGGCGAAAGUUCUGCCGGCCACCCUGUUCCUGCCUAUCUGGGCAGCUCCCGGGACGACAACUUUGACGACGGUCGGCCGAUGCGGCAUGAUUAUGCCGUGCGGGAGGUCGACUUUUACUAUCGGGUCCGGGGGCCGGCGCUCUCUCACACAGGAACUCGCAAACUCAAGACCGGACCGGCCGAUCCCACGGGGCCGGUCUCAUCCGCGACCAGCUGGUUCCGAAGGCUGCUGGGAGGGAAGACGAAGGAGAAAACCAAAGGAUUCGAAGUGGUUCGAAGCACGCGAGCACCUCCGCCGGGACUGUUCCCAUCCGAGGGGGAGGGGUAUCACGAGCCGUAUCGAGACGACCCGGGUUCGCCGGGGCCUGCUACCGGCGGGCAUUCACGACAGGUGUCCGGAGCGACGAUGUCAUCGUAUCAUGAUUCGGAAGGGGAGGAACGGAAACCGGACGAGGGGGAUGAAGAGGAGAAAGCAGAUGAAAUGCCGCAGCUCCCUCAGAUCGACGCGGGAGACGCGAUCGAGCUUCCAAGCCGGCUGGGAUCGCGAAGCAGCACGCAUGCGCCGACGGUGUCUCGCAAGACCUCUCAGCGGCAGCCGUCGGAGGGGGAGCAGAAUCUGGAAGCCAUCCAGGGGUCUCCGCCGGACGAGAGCAGCUCCGGUCAUCUACGUCCGUCGAGCUCUCAGCCGGGACGACUGCCUUUCACGGCAAGCGACACGGACAGUAAACGGGCGGGAUCGGUAGACUCGACGACGUCGACGGUGCACCGGACGGUCAGCGAGCAGGGGCGGCCGUCGGGUAUGGGGUAUGUGAGCCAGCACCGGGCGGGGGCGAGCAUCCACGAAGCGGCCGACGGGCCAGUUAUCACGGGCAGUACGGCGGAGCUGGUCGACCAGUCGAGCGAUUCCGAUUAG